AUGGCAUCAAAGCCAUCACGCAUGGUGCUAUCUCUCACCGGCUGUAUAUCGAAUUCGCCCGGGCUACAAAACAUCUUCUUAAUCACACCUCAAGAGCAGACUGGUAGUUCAAAUGGUGCCUUGACAAAAGUCCAGCUACGUAUCGGUUACUUUGGUAUGUGCGUACACGCUGGCGCAGGAUCGAAUUGCUAUCUUUCGGUAUCAACUACGCCUGAAAAUUUGCAAUUAAAACUUAAUUCGACAAUGAAUCUUAGCGACACAGACAUUACCCGGGUCUCAGGGCUAUUCUCUGCGGCAUUACCGCUACAGACAAAGGUUUUCCUUCCACUUUUGGCUGCAGCGGGCAGCUUUUUUCUGCUCGGUGUCGCAUUUCUCAUGAUUUUCAAGUGGUCUGCCAAACGUUCACGCAGCAGUCUGACGGAUAUGUCUACCAAGCGACAAGAACUUUACAGGAGGGGCUUAACAAGCUUUGUAUGGGCUUCUGUGGGACUGGCUAUUGCUUCAGCGGUGUCGAUCACUGAGUCCUCAGCGGCGUUACAGUACUGGAGCGCCAACGUGUCCAGGUCAAGCAUUACUGCGUCUGCGGGCAUGGCAAUGCAAGUUUUGCAAUGGAUGUUCGUUGGACUUUCCGUCAUAUUUGCUCUUGCCGUCACUUCUAUGCUCAAAGCAGCUGAGUCUGGAGCUCUUCUUGGACCAGGAGGAAAUGGAUUGCCGCCUAAGCCAGUGGCCACAAGAAUGCCUCCACCAGGGCCACCAUCGUUUGCAGCUCAGCGCCCACCACCACCAAGCACCCUUCCACCAUAA